AUGUCAGAUUCUAAGUAAAAUUUACAAAAGAGGCUUCUUAAUAAUAAGGAACAGCUAGAGUAGGAUUCUAUUAAGGAGGAGACUCAACAACCCAUCUAAAAGAAUACCUCUUCAGAAUUUUAUAUGAGCAGUGACGAUGAUGAAGAUGCAGAUUACAACGAAAAUUGGGACAAAAUUUAUGACCUUCCUAAGAUGGAGAAUAUUACAAGAACUGUUUUGGUUAAAUUACUUAUAGCAUCAGUGAUUGCCCUUAUAUUCCUUAUAAUUGAAGUUGUUGGUGGUGUCCUCUCAGGCUCUUUAGCUAUUCUUAGUGAUGCAGCACAUAUGUUUUCAGAUUUAUCUGGUUUCUUUAUAUCCAUCUUCUCUGUUUGGAUUGGUCAAAGACCUGCAUCAUCAAAGCUUUCUUAUGGUUAUCAUAGAGCUGAAGUUAUUGGAGCUAUGGCAAGUAUUGUACUUAUUUGGGGUUUAACCAUUCUAUUACUUUAUGAAGCUACACACAGAGUUAUCACAAAAGAAGCUGUAGAUGAACCUCUUUAUAUGCUUAUUACUGCUGGAUUUGGUUUGUUUUGCAACAUUGUUAUGGCAAAAGUUUUACAUAGCGCUCCUGGUCAUAGCCAUCAUGGAUGUUCUCACGGACAUAGCCAUGGCCAUGGCCACUCACAUGAUCACCAUCAUGAUCACGACCAUGACCAUGAUCAUGAACAUGACCACAAUCAUGACCACGAUCACAACCAUGAUCACGAUCAUGAACAUGAACAUAACCAUAAUCAUAAUCAUGAUCAUAAACACCAUAGCCAUGAUCAUAGCCAUAAAAAUAAAAAAGGCUAGAAAAGCAAAGGAUCUAGUAAAUGCUCUUCACAUGAUAAUAGCAAUAAAAUUGAUUCUGAUUAAUAAAAUAAUCAAUAAGCUGACAAUUGUUAAAGUAAGGAAGAUUAAAAGAGUGCAAAUAAAGAAAAUAAUAAAAUGGCAAAAUAACAUUCUCAUGAUCAUGACCAUGACCACGACCAUGACCAUGACCACGACCAUGACCAUGAUCACGACCAUGAGCAUGACCACAAUCAUGAUCAUGAUCAUGACCACGAUCACGAUCACGACCAUGACCAUGAACACGAACAUAAUCACGAGCAUAGCCAUGAAGACAAAGAAGAUAGUAAAUAAAAUAAAAAUAAAAAGAAGCAUGAACAUAGCAAGAAUUGCUCUCACUAGCAUAGCGAUGAAGAAAAUAAAGUUAAUGAAAAGAACUAGUAAGGCUAAUGUGAUAGCAAUAGCAAUAGAAAUGUUGACAAAAGGGUAGACUCUAGAGUUCUAAACAUAAACGCUGAUAGCUGUUUAAUGAACACCGAAAAUAAUUUUGAAAAUGAAGCUUCUGUUGUAAAUACUAAAAAGAAAUAGAAUAAAAAAUCAAAGAACUUAUCUGUUAUAUCUGCUAAAGAAAAUUACAACUUGAGAGCUGCUAUGAUCCAUGUUAUUGGUGAUAUUAUCUAAUCAAUUGGUGUUUUAAUUGCUGCUUUAUUGAUAUACUUCCUAGGAGGUGAUGAUGGUUUCAACUACUGGCACUUAGCUGAUCCUAUUUGCACUUAUAUAUUCUCCAUUUUGGUUCUAUUUACAACAAUUCCUGUUUGCAGAGACUGCAUUAGAGUAUUGAUGGAAGGCAGUCCCAAAGAAAUUAACAUUCAAGAUUUUAAGGAAUAACUCCAGUCUAUAUAAUAUGUUCAAGAAAUUCACGAUUUACAUAUAUGGUCUCUUUCUAAGGGUAAGCCUUCUAUGACCUGUCAUAUGUUUGUUUCUUAAAAUCCUAAAAAAGUAUUAAAAGAAAGUACCAGACUUUGUAGAUAAAAUGGAAUCUAUCACAGCACUAUUUAAAUUGAAGAAUAUAGCUAAAAAGGAGCUCCUGGCUAUAUUAAAUGUGAUCAUAACAUUCAUCAUUGA